UGGCAAAGUCACACGAAAAAGGUUCUCAACGCCAGUUGCCGGUCACAAGCGACUCAGGUCGGAAGUCUCCCCUCCUCGAAAAAUUCCCUUAAAUUAAAAUCCUGUCUCGCGAUUAAAAUAAAUAAAAUAAAUUACAGUUAAACAUAAUAGAAAUAUAUGAAAUCAUGCAACUUUUCGACGACUUUUGCAAAUGCUUCAACAAGGAACUGCAGCGGGCAAACUUUGGCUUCUCAUACAAUCGCGUUCAUCUGUUCUACAGAUCGCAGUGGCAAAAGGAUGACACCAAUACAAUAUAUUUGCUGUAUCGAUGGAUCUGGGCCCUGUUCUUCCUGGGAGUCUAUAUAAUGUGCAUGAUUAUUCAGUUCUGCGAUGGCAAAUUCUUCAUCUAUAUGACCAACUGGGGAUAUGGCCUCGGAACAAUCACUAUGCUAAUCUCUGCGGUACAUGUCACCUGCUGGCAUUUCGAUCUGAGGAACACAAGGAGUUUGGUCCAGGAAUCUGGUAAAAAGGCGGAGACUUCGAGGGGACUUAAGAUAUACUGGUGGCUAUACAAUAUGACCCUAUCAUUGGCAUUGAUUAUAUCAACGGUCUAUUGGGUGUUUCUCCAUGGCAGAAUGAACAAACCCACUCGCUUUCCGGCUAUUAGCAAUACCCAUGGCCUAAAUACUGUAAUGAUCCUAAUUGACUUCCUGGUUGUGGCAUUUCCUUUGAGACUCCUUCACAUGGUGUACAGCAUGAGUGCGGCAAUCUUUUUUGUGUUCACCCUCAUCUAUCACUUUUGCGGAGGCACAGAUGAAUUUGGCAAUCCCUACGUAUAUCCCAUUCUGGAUUGGAAUCAGCCCAAGCGUUGUCUGGUGACCUUUGUGGGCAUCUUUGUGCUCAUCCUGUGCUAUUGGAUACUGCUCUUUGGACUGCAUAAAUUAAAGAGAAUGUUCAACAGGGCCUUCAGUGUGGUCUGGUCCCCGCAUUCAGUUGGUUUGAUAUAAGGAACAUCGCCUCAUUAGCACCCUCACUUCUAUAGGAUUCUCUAAGUAUCACCAGCAUUGCAUUUUAUUCCAACAUUAAC